AAACACCACGUGGGUUGUCAUAUCCGAUAACUCAUCCGCAUAUGACAUUACAUACUUGCACACUUGUCAUAGAUUAUGUUUCAGUAUAAGGAGGCGUUAACAUCUCGUGAUCAUCGCGGGUGUGUAUGCGGGAAUGUAGGCGUCAUAACUCGUAAAACGAAAGAACAUGAUGCAGCGAACCAUAUCUAGGAUAUAUAACCCUGUGAACAGUUCAGACGAGGCUGCUGACAAUUCCAAUACAGCUGUUGUGCCAACAAUGAAUGAACAAACUAACAUGUCUACAACAAAAGUUACAGAAAGUUAUAUUGAUUCAAUUGACGAUAUCCGAACAGCAAUUACGACAUGCAAAUUGCAUAAAAUUGACUACAGCGAUGCGGCACUCACGAAUGUGCAGAGUUUGCGACGGUUGAUAAAGCGUAGUCUUCUUUGUGACGGAACAACACGGGCACAUAUAGAAGAUUCGUUGAAUAAGGGACAACAAAAUGAACGACCUAAAAUGGACCAUCUGAUUGUAUUGUAUAAAGAAGCAUAUGCAUUGAUAAAAGAAAACGACACAUUUUUCUCUGGUAUUUUUAAAUGGAACCAAAAUAUAAUGACUGACUUAACAAACGGCAUUGAAAAUCUUAAAAAUUACAGAUCUCCGAUCUUAGUCCUAGGAGAAACCGGUGCCGGCAAAACAUCUUUCAUUAACUUGUUGCUAGGAGAACGUCUCCUGCCAACUAGCAUGCUUAGCAACACACAUACCAUAUGUGAACUGAGUUACAGUGCCUCAGGCAAUCUUGACGCCGAUGUAGAAUAUGUUGAUCCACCAAGUGAAGAGGGUGUUAAAACAUUUUCUACUAAAGACAAUUCUAAAGAAUUCGUUGAAUUCAUGAAAGUUGAAGCAGUAAAGACAAACGUCCGAAAGAUAACUGUGCAUGCGCCAUUUAAUAUUUUAAAGAAUAACGUCGUCAUUGUUGACAGUCCAGGUGUUGGUGAAACACAGGAAAUGACAGAUAUAGUUUUGGGCUAUGUUGAGAAAGCUGCAGCUUUCAUUUACGUCAUUGAUAUGAUGAAUGCCGGUGGAGUACAACAAAGGGUGCGAGAAUUCAUUGAACAAGUAAAGAAAAGGGCAAAAGGAAUCAAUGGCGUGAAGGUUCAGAAUGCGAUGUUUGUGUGCAAUAAGUUGGAUGAGGUACCAACAAAAGAAAUGGAUAUCGUCAUUAAAGACACAGUCGAGCGAUUACGAGAGCUUUGGCACGAAUUGAAGUCAAGUCAAAUCAUUCCAUUUUCAACAACUGAGGCACAGUCGUUUCAAGAAGAAGGUGAAGUGGCUCCUAGAUUCAAGACAGUGUUGGCCAGACUUGCGCGUCUGAUUCCUGCUGCCCAAUUCAUGACCACACAUAAGGCGCAAACAUGGUUGAUAGAUGUUUUAGACAAAAGCUUACACAUAGCUAGCGGACAUAUAGAAAACUCUAUCCUAAGCGAGAAACAACUUUUUGACAAGAAAACAAUGGCUCAGCAGAGAAUUAAAGAUCUAGAAAAAGAGAUGAACGCGUUUAUAUCUGAACAAAGAGGAAACAUUGCCAAGAGAAUUCAAGAGGGGGCUGCGGAAAUGUAUGAUCGAGUUAAUACCGAGCAAACAAAAGGACAAGUAUGCAGAUUCGAGACAGAAGCUCUACCAACAGAUAGCAAGUGGCACGAUGCUGCUGCAAAUAUCCGCACACAACUGUUUGAGAAAAUAAUAAAAGCAAUGAAUUUGCCGAGAUUUGCCGAAAAUUUAGAAGGCAAAAUAAAAACAGAGCUUGCAGCUAAAAUACCCUCUUUUCAAUCAAUUUUAAAUGCUUUGCAAGUUACAGUAUCCGGCCGAAAUGAUACUGUUAUUGAAGAAAAGACCACCGAAUUUCUUCCGGAAUACGUAAGAAAAGUAUACGGCAAAUCUAUCGGAAUGACAGCAUUGCUUACUCCAGCUAUGCCGUUCAUAGCUUUGGGAAGACUGCCAGUUUUCUUUGUUAAGCGGUUUCAAGAGUCACGUGAAAUGUCGGCAAUGGAAAAUAUGUAUAAAACGGCUAAUGGGAGAAAAGUACAAAUCAAAGAAGUCUGUGAAAAAUACGCAAAGUAUGUAUUCCAGCAUGUUGUCAAACAAAUGGAGAUACAAACACUAGCUACGGAAUCUAUGCAAGUAUGCUAUAGUCGUCUUGAUGAGCUAGAGAACGAAAUGAAAGAGAAAAUAAGCAGUGAUAGAAAAUUUAUUGAAGGCUUCCCUGAAAAACAUAGAGAUAUUCAAUUGGGACUUAAAAAGAUAAACGAAAUUGACGACAAACUAAAAUGUCUAAAAUCGGAAGUCGAUAAAUGCUUGAAGGAGGAUGACACAAUACCACACUCUCAGAAACAUUGGUAUCCUAACGAAAUUAGGGAGAUGUGGUGGAUAUUCAAGGAAAAAGAGGCCAACCACAUUCGUGGCAGUCAACGGGAAAACUUUGACUGUGUGAACUUAAAUAAUGUGGAGGAGAAGGCAAAAAUGGAAAACAAGAAUGACAACGUUGAUGUCAGUAAAAUGAAUCUUGAUGAUGCGUUCGAAUGGCUAGAAAGUAGACGUAUUACACAUGAGCUGCACUCCCUAGAAGAGAUGAGAAAACUCAUUGAUUUAAAACAGAGCGAGACUUCCAGUGGAUCCAGUGCCGCAUCGGGAUUAUCGAAAUUAGCUUUGUCAGAGGCAGAACUUAGUGAAGUAUUAUCAAGGGAUAAACACGUACGAGAUCAAAUAAGCUCCCUUUAUGAGAACAUCUUAAAAACAAUAAAUUCUACCGACCUUUAUGAAUACUUGUCUGCGUGGUGCGGAUGUCGUAUUGAAAAACAACUUUGCAAUUAUAAGGAUGAACUUCAAAGGAUUGAGUGUCCGAUUGUGAUAGCUGGAGAGACGAGCGCUGGAAAGAGCUGUUUCCUUAACCUCAUUCUUGGAGAAGAUAUACUUCCUGUCAGCCUACUUUGUGCUACCGCGACCAUCUGCGUUGUACACCCCAUUUCUCCAGAAGAGACACCAUAUUUCGUGGUUGACGGAGAAACGCACGAGGGCAGUAAGGAAAAACUAAAGAAAGAACUGAUGAUAAAAUUAACGUCUCGUUGUGAAACUGAUAGAAUUGAACAAGUUGAUAUUUACUGGCAGGUGCCGUUAAUCGGAUUAAACAAACACAUCGUGUUUGUUGACACACCUGGCGUCGGCGAGAGCAAGAAAAUGACUGACAAAGUGUUUAAAUACCUGCCCAACGCAGCUGCUUUCAUAUAUGUUAUUAAUUCUGCAAACGCUGGUGGUGUACAGGAAGAUAAGCUGGUGCAGAUUUUUAGAAAGGUUCUUGAAUACGACCAUUCAAGUGACUUAUUUAGUUUCGACCCAACAUGUACCCUGUUCGUUUGCAACAAGUGGGAUAUAGUUGCUGAUAGGGUCAGUAAAGACGGAUACAAUGAAGAGAAUGUGUGGGAAGAUAUAACGUCAAAGCUACGUAAAUACUUACCAGAAGAUUUGCAAUAUAAAUCAUCAUAUAAGAUGAGCACAACAGAGGCAAUACGAUAUAAAAACUCUGGACUGGGGGAGAGCACGUUCUAUGCUGAGCUGAAGCAUGGUCUUAAACAAUUGGUCAUGCAGAGUCAAACAAGUAAAUCUAGAAUGCACACUAGGUGGAUUGAAAAUAUGAUUGGACAAAUAAACACGUAUUUGUCGACCAGAAGUCGACAUGCAAAGGCAACCACAGAGGAAAAAGUGCAGUUGCACGACCAAAUUCACACGAAACUAAAGAAAAUAAAAAGAAACAAUAAAAAGUUGAAAGCUAAAUUACUGACGAAAUGUGAAGAACACAGUGUUUAUAUGGGAAAUGCUAUAGGCGAGCAUCUUAGAAAGGAAGACGUUAUUGCACGCAUCCAGGCUGGUGUGGAACAUCUUGUUCUAGAAAUCAGAGCGCCAGACGACGAUGCUUUUCAGUAUAUUGCAAAGCAGCGUGUAAUGGAAAUUGUUGUGAAAGAAAUCGAAUCCUGGGAAAAAGCUGGGCAAGUUUGGACAACAAUAAUUGAAUAUUUUCAAAAGCAAAUUGAAGAGGAAUUCACAAUUCUAGACGAGCAAUGUAUUGAAGCAGAGGCUGCUUUUGAUAACACAAAGAUACUGGUGCAUGAUUUGGGGUAUCCUGUAACCAGAAAAAUGCCAUCUUUGGGUGCAUUUUUUAAGGAUAAAUGGGUUACUGCAGUGUACCCAUGGUUAUCGAAAUGGGAAUUCAAACUAGGCGAAUUUGAAAUUUCAAUGCGUUCGGUCGUUGUGGGAUUUCAACAUAUCUCUAGAUUAAUCAACCGAGAAAAGUAUAUGCGAAAACUAGUGAAGAAAGUAAUGAAGGAGUGCUUCAGUGAAGAAGCUAUUCGCAAUCAUGUAGCCACAAAUUAUUUUGUGCCCAUAGAAAACUACAUACAACAGCAGUGCGACCGAAGAAUUGCACGUAGGAUAAAGGCGUGCAAACGGCUACUGUUUUCGGUAGCACAUGAUGACCGCAUUGCAGAUGAAAUUUUAAAUGAAUGCCAAGAGAUGCACAAGUCUUUACGACCGAUAUUUGAUGAGCUAUUCAGAAUUCAGGACAUGGCAGAGUGUAACGAGUUACAAUAAAUUGUAAUAAUUGUUACACAAAGGUUUUUACGGUGUGUAAAUUAGUGAGGCCCUAUAAUAACAACUCAUAUUUUCAACUCAACACCGAAAUUUUAACGGACAACUACACAUAUUAAAUAUGUAGAACCACUGUAAUUAAAUAUGUUAGUUUGUAUUUAUUAUAUAUGCUAUGUUCGAGAAGAUUGUGUUUAGUAUUACUUUAUUAUUAUGAAAUGCAAGUCUGUUUUAUUUUAUUUUGUUGUUUACUCUGUUUUUUUGUAAACAUCAACAAAUUUAGUGAUAACAUACUGCUAUUUACGAUAUAUUGUUUAUGUUUGUUUUUGGUUAUUAGGAAGCAUCAUUAAUUUUAUAUGUGAAUUCAACUGUGUAAAGCACAAAAUAAAAGUACAGUGUGCUUAUCAAUAGCAUUAUUUCUAUGUUAUUGAAUUAUUAGAAUUGAAAUUUUGAAAAAUGUCUUUGUUAUCUUAAGAAAAGUAAUCAAUUUUUUAGGAUAAGCAUUACAACAUGUAAAUGCAAGAUUUAGAUUGGAAGCGUAUAGUAUCUAGUAUCACUAACUUUGUGUGGGAAUUAUAUUGCCAUGGAGUUUUUUUCGCUUAGUUAUUUGAAUAUAUUUACAUGGAUAUGUAUGCAUUUAAAACAAGAAGCUGUUUAAGUGAUCCAUUAAGUAAAUGUUUUUUUAAAAACAAUACUUAAAUGUUAAUAUGUGUUGAUACAUUAUAGGGGUGAUUGCUAGACUUAAAACGAUGAUGUGUCCAUAUUACAAAAUGUCAAGUAAUAUUGAUAUAAAGUAUAUAAUUCGUUACAAAUUAUAUUUCAAAUGUAUACACGUUGCUUGCACAAUCGAUUCACACUUUAUUAUUGAUAAUGCAAACAACAAUGCUUUUGAUACAUACAAUUUAAUCUAAGUGAAAAUUGCUUACACAUAUCUAUUUCGUUCUGCUGUUAAAAUUUAACUAAGAUGCAAAAAUAUUUUAUUCAACAAAAUAGUUUCACAGUGGCAUUUACUUUUUAAAAAGGUUGAUGCACUUUUAAGAUCUCCAUUUGAACUAUAAUCCUUGAGACAUUUAUAACGUUAUUUUACAUAUGUACCUGCUGUCUCACAGCCGUUUAUGUCAUUCGGGUAUGCAUCAUUCAUUCAUCAUCAUUAUGCAUCAAGAAAGAAAUACAGACAUUAAGCUUUCAUACGACUAACAAAUUCUCAAAACGACGAGCAUGGGUUUUAGGCUUCAACCUCAAUAGUUAAUUUGUUAUUAAUUUAUCAUUACAUGUUCUUGAUCAUAGCUAGUGUUAAUAAAGCUUUAUGGUGACGGACGAGAAAAAAUCCAUUAACGUAUAUUCAUCUUAUUGUAAAAAUAAUUACCCCAGUUGAAAGCAUACGAAAAUAUGUUCUUUAUGAUGUCCAAUAGUUCGUCACUUUGCAAAUAUAAACAUGAUUAAUUUGGAUUAUGAUUUUAUAAAGUUAUAAACUCUAUUCCAGUAUAAACUGACUCUUUAUAUACAUUAAGUAGCAACCGAUUUUCUGACCAUAAAGAUCUUUCUUGGGAUGUAAAUAGUUAGAUUAUACCUGUACACAUUAAUUUCGUGAAAUGUUAAUGUUUGGAGAUCACAUUAAAUAACCAUGUCUUUGUUUUAUUUAAAACAUAACCUAAAACCUGCGCGUUUUCAAUAAACACUAAAGAGUACGACAUAUGAUGCUUACUUUAUUUAGUUUAAACCUUUAUAUUGUAGCUCGAUUGUAUCGACCAUCUUAAGCUUAUUGAUAUAUAGUGUAGUUUAUUGCCUGCUUAUAACCGGUAGUGAAUAUCUUUAGUGUAGACGAUCUAGACAUUGUUCCAUGAUUGGGUAUGGAAUCGUGGUCCUUCUGAAAGUCACGAUGAGAACAUUUUCACCACCCAUCUGCGAACUUACUUUAGUUGUUUAUAUAUUUAUGUUAUAUGAACAACAAUUUGUAAUUGACUUCUUUAGGCAUGUCAUUUUGCAUAAUAUUGAUAUAUGUUUUUGUUACGUUGUGACCCAAUGUGUUAUGUUUUAAAAUCAAAUAUCAAUUUAUUAAAUAUAAAAUUAUA